GAGUUGGAGGGCUGGUGCUGCUUCGGCUGCUUGCUGCCGCCGAGCCGAGGCCGCUCUUCUCCUCCUCCUCGUUUCCCCCUCUCCGGGUGCUCCCGGCGGCGAUGGGCGCGGGGCCGGCGUGGCUGUGGCUGUGCUGGGCGCUGGCGGCGGCGGAGCGGCUCCAGCGGGACAUGCCAAAUGUGUGUCCAGUGUUUGAGAUGGCACUGGUAGGACACCAACAGCCAUGUGUUCAAGCCUUUAGUCGUAUGGUCAAGAUGUGGAAGCAAGGUUGCACGGGGAAGAGGUGGUGUAUGGGCUAUGAGAGAAGGUCUGGGUACUAUACAGUUUACAAGCAGGUGUACCGAAUGGAACGUCAAACUGUCUACAAGUGCUGCCCUGGAUGGGUCCAACAUGACGAUGAGCCUGGCUGUUUGCACUCGCUGUGUACUGUUGGCACUUGCUUCAAUGGAGGGAAAUGUUCUGAAGCAGGAUCCCAGAUGUGCCAGUGUCCUGCAGGAUUUCAGGGGCUUCGCUGCCAGUAUGACGUAAAUGAGUGUGCCACUGAGAACGGUGGCUGUCAUGACCAGUGUUGUAAUACCAUCGGCAGCUACCACUGCAAAUGUCCAGCUGGCCAGAGAUUGCAGGAAGAUGGAAAAUCAUGUGGAGACAUAGAUGAGUGUGCGGUGGUGAAUGGUGGCUGCCAGCAAGGCUGUGUCAACACACACGGCUCCUUCCACUGCCAGUGCCAAGCGGGGUACAGGCUCCACGCUGAUGGGCGCACCUGCGUAGUGAUAGACCCCUGCACAAGUGGGAAUGGAGGAUGCUCACAAAUCUGUCAAAAUGAGGGAGGAAUUGCAAGAUGUGAGUGUCAUCCAGGGCAUUAUCUUUCUGCAGACAAGAAGUCCUGUUUAGACAUUGAUGAGUGUGCAGAAGGGAGAGCCAGGUGUGCUCAUCGUUGUGUGAACAAUCUGGGGUCCUUCACCUGUGUCUGUAAUCCCGGCUUUGAGCUGGGGGCUGAUGGAAAGCAGUGCUACCGCAUCGAAAUGGAAAUUGUCGAUAGCUGCCAGGACAGCAAUGGUGGCUGCUCGCACCACUGCAAGCACACAACUGCUGGGCCACGCUGCUUCUGUGAUGACGGCUAUCAGCUUGAUUUUGAUGGCAAAACAUGUGCAGAGCUGGAUGAAUGUGAGACCGGAGAGUCCUGCUGCUCCCAGUUCUGCAUCAACUAUGCGGGCGGCUACGAGUGUGCCUGCAAAGCAGGGUUCCAGCUGAACGCCGACGGCUGCACCUGCGAUGAUGUGGAUGAAUGUCAUCUUGAUAAUGGCAACUGUGAUCAUUUCUGUGUUAAUUCUCUUGGGUCAUACGAAUGUGCAUGUAAGGAGGGUUACAGGCUUGGUGUUAACAGACAGUCCUGCACUGCCCUAGAUGAGGAGGAGGUGGCUGUGGAGGAGGCAGCGGGGUUCGCUGGGGCACCGGGGCUGCAGUUCAGAGAUCCUCCCCAGCUCCUUCACUACAUGUUUGGUUCCCUCUACGAGAAUGAAGACCCACGAGGAGAGCUCAACCUGGUGCACAGGGUCGUUUGCCUUGAUAACACUUUUGGCAACGACUGUAGCUUGAGCUGUGAGGAUUGCCUGAAUGGAGGCAGAUGCAACACUGAACACAAUGGCUGUGUUUGCUCACCUGGGUGGACUGGUAUUAUCUGUAAUGAAACUUGUUCCCCCGGGACAUACGGCAGAGGCUGUACCAGCGUUUGCAAGUGCCAGAACGGAGGCUCCUGUGACCCCAUCUCAGGGCAGUGCCGCUGCCCACCUGGUGUGCACGGCAAGCUUUGUGAAGAUGGUUGCCCAAAAGGCUUCUUUGGGAAGAACUGUAACAAACCAUGCAACUGCGCCAACAAUGGCUAUUGCCACCGACUCUAUGGAGCCUGCUUGUGUGACCCUGGACUAUACGGGCGCUUCUGCCAUCUUACCUGUCCCAGGUGGGCCUUCGGAGCUGGCUGCUCUGAGGAGUGUCAGUGCAUGAAAGAGCACACGCUGGAAUGCAACGCAAGGAAUGGGACUUGCACCUGCAAGCCUGGUUUUCAUGGCAAAAAGUGUCAGAAAGAAUGCACACCUGGCUUUUAUGGGGCUGGUUGCAAACUGAGGUGCAACUGUCCUGCUGAUGUUUUGUGUGACCAUGAGACAGGAGUCUGCAAGCAUUCAUGUCCACCUGGGUUUCACGGAGAAAAAUGCCAUUUAUCUUGUCCACCUGGGAGCUUUGGGGUGAACUGCAGGCAGACGUGCAGCUGUGGAGAAGCACCGUGUGAUGCCAAAACAGGGCAGUGUAUUUGUCCAGCUGGGAAGACUGGUGCUACUUGUGACCAAGAUUGCCCAGCAGGCCAGUGGGGACCAGACUGCCAGUCCUCCUGUGAGCCGUGCACCAACGGGGGCCAGUGCAACAGGGAAACUGGAGCCUGUGACUGUCCCGCUGGCUACACCGGAGCAUCCUGCUCUGCACCCUGUCCUGAUGGUUACUAUGGACAAAAUUGCCAGCUGUUAUGCAGCUGUAGGAGCAGCGCUCAGUGUCACCACAUCACUGGAAAGUGCACUUGUCCCCCUGGCUGGACUGGCCACAACUGCAAACACCUCUGCAAUAGUGGCCGUUGGGGACAGCGCUGUGAAAACACGUGUGUCUGUAAUAACAGUGACGGUAGCUGUGAUCCGGUCACUGGCUCCUGCUUCUGUGAGCCAGGAUUCACUGGGAAACACUGCGAAAGGAGAUGCCCCGAGGGAAGCUUCGGCCUGAGCUGUGAGUACAGCUGUCAGUGCCAGAACGGAGCUGCCUGCGACCACGUGAGCGGAGCCUGUACUUGCACAGCGGGAUGGACAGGAACCUUUUGUGAAAGAGCUUGUCCAGAUGGAUUCUUUGGGCUUGACUGCCACCACGUGUGCAACUGCAAGAAUGCUGCCGGCUGUGACCACGUCCUGGGAACAUGCCACUGCCUCCCUGGCUGGCUGGGAGACACCUGCGAGCAGCCCUGCCAGGGGGACAGAUACGGGCCAGACUGCAGCCACACGUGUCACUGUCACAACGGGGCGUUCUGUCAUCACGUAACCGGGAUGUGCCUUUGUACCCCAGGCUGGAAAGGAGACACCUGCCAAGAAGCCUGUCCUCCUGGAUGGUAUGGUGUAAACUGUCUGCAGCGCUGUGUCUGCCAUGGCCAGGCGAUGUGUGACCAUGUGACGGGCGAGUGCCUAUGUCCUCAGGGUUGGACAGGGCUGGCAUGUGAGCUGGAAUGUAGGGACAGGAAGUACGGAGAGGGCUGUGAGCAGAACUGUAGCUGCCACCAUGGGGUUUGUGACCAACACUCAGGGAAAUGCAUCUGCCGCACUGGUUGGACUGGAGACCACUGUGAUGCUGCGUGCCCUCCAGGAUAUUUUGGCAAGCAGUGCAAGGAGCAGUGUGAUUGCAUUCAUGGCUUGUCCUGCCACCAUCAAACUGGAGUGUGUCGCUGUGAAAAGGGUUGGCGAGGGAGGCACUGUGACAAACCCUGCUUGCCCGGCCGCUACGGCGUGGGCUGUGCCCAGCGGUGCCGAUGUCCCAUGGGUACCCCCUGCCAUCACCUGACAGGCAAGUGCGGCUGUCCUCCAGGAUUCACUGGCUCCAGCUGUGAGAAAACUUGUCCACCAGGCAUGUAUGGUAAGAACUGUAACCGAGUGUGUCAGUGCUCUGCCGAGAAUGAGGAAUGUCACCCGGUGACUGGCGACUGCGUGUGCCGCCCAGGCUACUACGGGGCCCGCUGUCACCUCCGGUGUCCAAGAGGUACUUAUGGUUCAAACUGCCAAAACCCCUGUAAAUGCAUGAAUGGAGGCCGCUGCGACCCUGCAACAGGAACUUGUGAUUGUGCACCUGGUUUCAUUGGAGCUGACUGUAGCAAAACUUGUCCUGAAAAUCGGUACGGGAAGGACUGCACCCUGUUCUGUGCAUGCGGUAAAGGUCAGUGUGACCCGCGGACUGGCAAGUGUACCUGUCCUCCUGGCCAAAUGGGACCCAGCUGUCAGCAAGUGUGUCCCCAGGGACGAUAUGGCCCCGACUGCCACCUGACAUGUACCUGUCAGAACGGUGGUAUUUGUAACCACGUGGAUGGCAACUGCACUUGUGGGCUCGGCUGGACUGGAAGAUCAUGUGAAAAAGAAUGUCUCCCAGGGAAGUACGGGUCUGACUGUGGCUUGGACUGCUCAUGCCACCACAACGGCACCUGCGACAGGUUCACGGGCUGCUGCCAAUGCCCUGAGGGUUACUAUGGCCACUCCUGUGAGCACAGGUGUCCCCUUGGAUUUUAUGGGCUAAGCUGUCUUCACGCAUGUGCCUGCAAAAAUGGAGCAAGCUGUGAUGGAGUGACGGGACAAUGCAUUUGUCCUCUGGGCUAUCAAGGUGUUCACUGUGAAAAAGGCUGUGACAGGGGCUGGUUUGGAGAGAGGUGCCAGUAUCCGUGUGACUGUGGAGGUGCUCCUUGUGAUCCAGAGACUGGGAAGUGCCUUUGCCCACCUGGGAAGACUGGAGACAAAUGCAACAUUGAAUGCAGGUCGAACCAGUAUGGCCCCGACUGCUCCCUACGAUGCCAGUGUGCCAGCAAAUCCCAGUGCAAUCCAUACAACGGAAACUGUGUAUGUCCAGCCACGUGGAUGGGGCCAACCUGCAAAGAAGGUGGCCCUCCAAAGCUUCCAUUUUAUGAAGAACGAACUCAAGAAGGAGAGAAUAUUUUUCCAAGAGCUCUGCAACAGUAACAUUUGGACUAAUAAAUGAACUGUUUUAUGUGCACAAAUGGUAUUUGGAUUUGGAUAUGAAAACAGCUAUUCAAUUCAAUUUGAAUUGUACUGAUGUAUUCAUACUUGUUAUGGAAGACUACAGAGGCCAUUUAGUAGCUGGAUCCUUUUAAAAAGUUGAAUCUGUUUCAUAUAUUUAUUCCUAGCCUCUUACCCUUCCAUUAAUCUGCUCUGGACUUUCUUUCUGAUAUAUAAUUCAUUGUUUGAAAGCUUGAGCAUGCUAGUAAGACCAGAUCAAAAGAGUAUCAGGAUAAGCAGUAUGUACUGUCAACUUGCAGUGAGCCACCCCACAUAGAAAUGACUUUCCAAACCUGCUUGUUAACCAGCGUAAAGUUUAACGAGCCUUUCGUGGAUUAUGAAGCCAAUAUGGAUCCUCUGCGAAAUGGCAAUGCCCGGAAACUAGUGGGAUUCACUAAAUUAACGCCCUGAAUAACGUCAUGUGUUCUAGAGAUGCAAGCAAUCUAAUUUUGAACUUUUGACCAAAGAAGAAUCCACCACAGUCCUUGAUAGGUUGUUUAUUAAUUUAAGAGUGUGUACCAUGUUUCUGGUGUGGAUUGACUGAUUGGCAGGUGCCCAUCUAUAUCUUGCUUAUGUCUCAGUCCAUCUUCCAAGGAGUCUGCUGUCAUCUGCCAGGCUCUCCUUGCUUUCUGCAUUCUCCCAUCUUGUCGGCUGAGUUUCUCAAUGAUUUGUCAAGUCAAACUGUGCAGCAGUUCUUUUAAAACAGUACCUUCUAACGCAGAAAAAUAUUUUAUUUUGGAUAGAGAAAGCAGAUGGUACGUAAGGAUAGAUGUUUAAAGAUAAUCUCUGUGUUCACUUUAUAUAAAGGAUUAUAAAGUGCUUUAACUGCACAGUAGUUUAAGCUUUAAAAGUCCUGAUACCAUACAACAGCUGCUGUUGGACACUUAAUAGAACAAAGACAUUUUGGUGCUAUUUUGUCUAUUUAGGUUGUUCUUUAAUAUAGGACUAAGUCAUUAUAAAGAAAUAAUGUUCUCUAUUUUAAUACUCUGAGUUAACCAGACUAAAAGGUUUGAGUGCCUCUUUAUGCCUCUCUUUCGGUUCAGAGUUACAAAACCUGUGUAGUAACCUCUUGACUGUAUCAAAAGUGCCUUUAUUAAAGGGUAUCAGGACCAUGAGCUCACUAGACAUGGUAGUAUGUGCUGUUCCAGGUCUUGGGUUCACACUACCAUUUGCACACGGUAACAAAUAGCAACUCUGCAAGAGAAGAUUUUUAUCUCAGAAGAGCCAAAGUGACAAUAAUUGAUGACAACCUGUGAUUUUUAACGAUGAUGUCUAUUGUUGUUGUGGUUGGAUAUUGUGUAGGGGAAGUAACAAUUUUACCCCAUGGUUCACCUGAGGUCUUAAACACAUCAGCAGUCAGUAACUGUCCAGUUUGAAGCAUGCAAUGCUCGCUCACCUGGGAGUUUAAUUCAAACUUUGAUCUAUUGGAAGCGAUAUAGGUUUGGUUGGUAUUCUUAAAAUUUCAUGGGAGUGUUAUUGUUGUUACUCAUCACUCCAUAGCUAUCGAAAUUCAUGCUAAACACAGUAAAGGUACUUCUGACUGUGUCAAUUAACCAACUGUGCCUUCAGCCAGAAAAUCAUAGGGGGCGGGUGUUGAUCCCUUGUCAUUUCUUCUUUAGAACUCUGUGAAUGUUGCUGGAAAGUUUACUUAGUGUAAAUGUAAUGAAAUUGUUGUUAUCCCAAAAGUAGUUAGCAGUGUGUGGCUAUCAGCUGUCAGCUGUGACAUUUUAAAUGUUCUUUUGGAGUUGUGAUGUCCUGGGUCCAAUCCUACAAUUAUGUGAAUUAGGAGCAAUUUAAAUGAGUUUGAACUGAUAAGGUAUAUCUCAUGUGAGAAGAUUAGGUACAAUCUUAGCAACUGCUGGAGAAGAACGACCCAAGUUAAGCAAUUGACGUAUUUUGAUCUUAAUUGUGUAUUUACUGCAGAGCCAAAAUACAAUAGCAAUACAAGUGUCACAUUAUAAUCAAGAUUUUUGUAGAAUCAUAGAAUGAGUUAGGUUGUAACAGACCUGUGGAGGUCUGGGCUCUGAAGAGAAGCCUGGUCAGCUUCAAAGUUACAUGGGGCUGCUCAGAAAUUCUGAAGAUCUCCAAGGAUGGGAGAUCUCACUACCUCUUUGAGCCCCUGUCGCAGUGAAAAUUUCAUGCUCACAAUUGUUUUUCCUAGUUUCUAAUCAGAAUUUCCUGAAAUUUAACUCUGGUCCCCCACUUCUCAUCCUUUCAGUGUGCAUCUCUGGGAAGUGUGUGUGUGAUUUCAUCUCAUCUACAGCCCCUAUGGGGCAGUUGAAGACCGCAGUAAUACCUCUUCUCUUCUGAAGUCUGAGCAAACCCUGAUCCCUCAGACCCAGCUGCCUAAGUCCCAGUUACCUCAGUGACCUUCCACUGGCCCCAUUCCAGUAAGCUGGACACUUCAUUUUAGGGAAAGAUGUCCAAUGUCUGGUAUGGUUAUUCAGCAGCUUGUGCAUAGAUGCUAAGAACUUAGAUUUUGCUGUUUGACAGCAGUUUAUAAAAUGCAGUCUUUUUUUAUUUUAUUUUAUCUGUGUAUACUGAUAUGUGAUUAGAGCAGCUAAUCAAAGGGGAAACCUUUCUCAAGCCAUGUUAUUUACACCUAUAUAUACUUGUUUACAUUUUCCACAGUACCUUGCUAGUAGAAUUGUAAAUAUGUAGUAUAAAGGAAAUAAAAAAUUUUGUAUUAAGUAUUUUUAAAGAAUGUCACAAUUUUGGGUACAUGAUGAAACACAUAUUUUAAGUAACAGAUAUUCUGCCAGUGAAUUAGAGGCUCAAGCAGAUCUGCCUGGGAAAUAUUUCAGCAAACUUUUCUUGAACUGGAAAAUGCCAACUCAUACGAAACUAUUCAUAUGCAAUAGACCUUUUUUUAUUCCUUCCUCCUCCAAAAUACUACUUAGCUUCUUUAUGUUAAUGCCUUGGGGAAAGAAGUUCACUUCAGUGCUGUUAAACAGACCAUAGUGAUUUGGGGCUUAAUAUGAAUUUUUUGUUCCAAAACUUAAGUGCAAUCAUAUAAAAGUAAAAAUCAAAAUUAAAUAUUUCAAAAAUAUUAAAAAAUGAAUUUUGAUGGCAUUAGAUUUGAAUGUCUCUUCUUGGCUCUCUGUUUGUGAAGGAUUUCACUUUUUUCACAAGGCAGGGAAAAUGUUUACAGGUGGUUGUUUUUCUAAAAGCCAAAAAUUUACAUCAUUAGCUAUUAACUAAGGAAGUUUACUUGCUUGUGAUGUGAUUGAUAUGUUUUGAUUCUGCUCCUUACUGGAGGUUAACAGAUUUACCUAAUUCAGUGCCUACAAAAUAGUCUUUAUUAGACCGCAUGGACUUUUUUAAUGGAAAAACUACUAAAUCACCUUUUCCAUAGAUUAAUUUUCUGGCAAGUGAGUUUUGAUUACUGCUAAAAUAAUAUAACUCUGUUUAUUUGCUUCAUCAGAUUCCAGUGAAAAACUGUCAGGCUGAUACUGUCCUGAGCAUAGCACUGGUGCUUGUUGAAAAUGAAAGUGAAAACUUCAGUGAAAAUUGUUGUUAUGCUUAAAUUUAUGUUCAUCUGCCACUUGGUAAAUGCCUUUCUUGGGUCUUCAUCUCCCAGAAGGAUGAAGAUAACUAUGUUUUUUUGAAAAGAGCGCUCUGUGGAUUCCACUGUAACACACUUGCAUGCACAGAUAACUCUUUUCAGAAAGACAUUUCAGUUAUUUCGACCACGCAGUUUCUGUGCCAAAUCCCACUCUCCUACCUUGUUGUGUAUUCCGGAUAACUUCACUUUAAGACUGAAAAUGCGUUGAGUGUAACUCAGUGGGUCCAGACGAAUCUUACUAAAUGUGAAUUCAUAAAACCAGAACAACGUGUUUUAAGUUAGACUUCAGUAUUUAUAACACUAUCCUCAUAGGAAAACAAUCAGAACUUUAAAAAUUCCCCGCUUCCCCUGCCAAAAAUUAUUAUUCUACUUUUAUCCUUUUUAUGUUGAAGAACCAUAGCUAUUAAAGUUUGCCCAGAUUUCUUGCCAACCAUAUUAUUUUGAUUGGCUGCAGAUUUCUGUUUGUGUAAGUAAUAACCAUCAUAGUAUCAGGAGUUGCCAAUGGGACAAAGAUGGAAAUUAUACCUUUAUGUCCUUCCCAGAACAGCCAAAGACACAUUUUGGAGCCAUCGUGGCUUCAGAAUGUUGAUCUAACAGUGACAAAUCACAGCAUGUCUGUUAGAAUUUAGCUUCUUAUCAGAGUAAUGAAAAGCUUAGGAAGAGUCGUUGAGAGAACUGGUGGACCAAGAAACCUCCAUCUUCCCAUCUCUCUGUUAUUUUGUAAAAAAAAAAAUAAUUUUAGGCCAGAAACCUUCUCAGUCUGCAGCUCUUGAAGGACUUUUUCUGCACGUUGACCUGUGGCUGACUGCAGCAGCUCUGUGCGUGAGCUGCAACUAUGCACAGUAAUUCUCUUGCAGGGUCGAGGCUUUAAAUUCUAAUACUGUGUAAGGCAAUUUCCAGCCGUAAACAAUGACUCUCAGACUUGUAGAGCAUAAAUUGUUUAUUCUGUUCUUUUUAUUGCUUUUAAUAAGCACUUGCAUAGCAAUAUUAUUUCUUUGUGAAUUUGUAACUUCUCUUCAAAGACUGUGUGGGAUGUAUCUCAAAACUGUACUGUACUUUGUUGUAUGCAUAUCAUAGUGAAAGGAUGCUGAUUUUUUUAU